AUGGAGACGCACCUGGAGUCGCCGCUGGAGUCCAACGCGCUCGGCAGCCGCCGCGACCAUCCCUUCGUGUACCUGCAGCCGCCGGCGCCGCGCAUGGACCGAGGCUGGCGCCGCCCCUCGGCGCCCUCCAUCUUCCACCACAUCGAGUCGGCGCUGAGCCGGCGCCUGAGCAACACCGGCGGGCCGACGGUGACGUUCUCGCCGCCGUCCUCGCCGCCCUCCUCGCCGCCACCGUCGUCGUCCGCGACGCUGCCGCUGCCCUUGCGACAGUCCGUCUUCCCCGCCGCGCCCUCCAGCACCGCGCCAUGCAGUGCCGUGGCGGUGCGCCGCCCCUCCGCCGUGGUGCUGCUGACGCACGCCAGCCCGCCGCGCGACGAGGAGAGGAGGUUAAUGGACUCGCCCGACCUGCUGGACCGCGACUCGACAACGUCGUUCAUGCCCCUGCAGUGCGAUGAGUACCUCAAAGUCACGCCCAAGUUCGACGACACGAUUACGGUGUAUCUUUCCGCCAUGUACGCCAAGCUGCUGGUCGUGCUGGGGAUAUCUUUUCCAAUUUUAGAAACCAUCCGUUCCGAUGGAAAAUACUACCAGGGUUUCUACUUGUACCUGUACAUCGGCACGUUCGUGUUCCUCUCCUUCAUGUACGGCAACAUGCUCAAGAAACGCGCUGUCGUCUUCGUCGUCAACACCUACAGAAGAAAGGAGAGCCACCCGCGGCCCAGCAUUGACUCCACGGCCAUGGGGCGGCUGGGCUCCAACAAGCACUACGGCAGCUUCUACCUGCGCCUGGGCGCCAUCGCCUUCGGCAUCGGCAGCAUGGUGUUUUCCGGCCUCGAGUUCGGCCAGUUCUUCGAGCUGACGGCCGAGUGCAGGUGGGCGACGCAAGCGCUGACCCCGGCCGCGCGCAUGGUGCUCACCCUCGUGCAGAUGCAGUUCAUAUUCCUCAACAACAGGGAGAUGGACAUGAUGCGGCACAAGGUGGCGGCGCAGUUUGGCCUCAUGCACAUGAUCGCCACCAACCUGUGCGAGUGGCUGACGGUCAUCAUCGAGGAGGCCAAGCACGAGAUCGAGCACCUGCACCACAGCUUCAACGGCUCUGGCGGCCACGGCGGCCACGGCGUCCACGGCGGCCACAGCGCGCACGGCCACGGCGCGACGGGCCACCACCGCGCCGUGCGCGACGGCCACGACGACGCGGCCAACGGCACGUGCGUGACGCCCACGGACAUCCUGGGGACCUUGGUGCGCAACGCGUCGCCAUUCCUGUUCCCUUGCACUGUGGAGUACUCGCUCAUCUGCGCCGUCGUGCUGUUCGAGAUGUGGAAGAACACGCACAAGGGCGGCCACGGCCACGGCCACAGCCACCACAGCCCGGCCAGGGACUCGGCCGUGUCCACCCAGGAGUUGGGCGGCCACGGCGUGCGCUCCGCCAACCACCUGUCCGUGGACUGCACCAAGGCGCACAAGGGCCUGUUCGCGGGCAUCGUCGUCGUGGUGCUCACCAUCAUCUGCCUCGUGCUGUACUUCGUGCUCAAGGAGGCCGAGGGCUUCGAGGCGUCCGGCAGGCUGGUGGUGAGCGUGUGCGAGCUCAGCCUCAACAUCAUCACCACCAUCGCCGUGCUCAGCGCCUUCUACGAGGUCCGGUCGCUCAAGUACCUCAGCAAGCACGGCGGCCUGGGCCUGGACAACACGCUGCUGGUGAUGGCGCAGGUGGGCGUGUUCCUCUACAACUUGUUCUCCGUGCUGGGCUACGGCGCGCAGGCCAUCAACGUCCGGCAGCUCGUCACCGAGAUCAUCGGCCUGAUGCAGGCCAUCUGCCAGACCAUCUUCGUGCUGGACUCGACGCGGCGCCGCUGCUCCUGCCCGCGCGAGUACCGCCGCAAGCCCGGCCGCCAGAUGGUCACGUUCCUGCUCGUGUCCAACAUGGCCAUGUGGCUGGUCAACACGCUGGAGAAGUCGCAGGCCAGCGCGAGGCCCCUGCUCUUCGACUUCUACGGCAAGUGGACCUGGACCCUCAUCGUGCACAUCUCCAUGCCCCUCGCCAUCUUCUACCGCUUCCACUCCACCAUCUGCCUGUUCGAGAUCUGGAAGUGCUGCUACAAGCUCAAGAACCCCUCCGUGCACAACGGCGUGGCCCUGCGCAAGCACACCGACUCGGAGCGCAGCGCCACCAACUGACGAACCGCCACGCCAUCCUGCCACGCCCUCCUCGGACACCUGCAACUACUUUUAAGGUUCAUCCUCUCUUUCUUUACUUUACCCACUUUGUUAUAGGAGACUGUACGGCGCAACUUAAGCGAAUAAAAUCUAGUUCUUUUUUCCUAA